UUUUUUUGCCAUGUCGUCAGAGGUAGAAACAAAGCCAAGACGAAUUCUUGUAACUGGCGGAUCUGGUCUGGUGGGUAAAGCCAUCGAGAAGGUGGUCGCAGAUGGAGAAGGACUUCAGGAUGAAGAAUGGAUCUUUGUGGCGUCUAAAGACGCUGACCUAACGAAUGCUGCAGAUACCCGAGCCUUGUUUGAGAAGUACAAACCAACUCACGUCAUCCACCUAGCGGCCAUGGUGGGAGGCCUGUUCCGGAAUAUGAAAUACAACCUAGAUUUUCUGAGGAAAAACUUGCAAAUUAACGACAAUGUUCUGCAUUCAGCCUAUGAGACCGGCGUUCGGAAGGUGGUCUCGUGCCUCUCCACUUGCAUCUUCCCAGACAAGACCACGUAUCCCAUUGAUGAGACCAUGAUUCACAAUGGAGCUCCACACAGCUCCAACUUUGGUUAUUCCUACGCCAAGAGAAUGAUUGACGUACAGAACAGGGCUUAUCAUGAACAGCACGGCUGCACGUUCACCUCUGUCAUUCCAACCAAUGUGUUUGGGCCUCACGAUAACUUUAACAUCGAAGACGGACAUGUGUUGCCAGGACUUAUUCAUAAGGUUUAUCUCGCUAAAUUGAACGGCACGCCGCUCUCCAUUUGGGGAACGGGCAAACCACGAAGGCAGUUCAUAUAUUCUCUGGAUCUGGCGCGGCUGUUUAUCUGGGUCCUCAGAGAAUACAAUGAGGUGGAUCCCAUCAUCCUUUCCGUUGGUGAAGAGGAUGAGGUGUCUAUAAAGGAAGCUGCAGAAAGCAUAGUUUCCGCCGUGGACUUCAAGGGCGAAGUGAUCUUUGACAGCACAAAAUCUGACGGGCAGUUCAAAAAGACGGCAAGUAACAGCAAACUGAGAAAGUACCUUCCUGGAUUUCAGUUCACGCCUUUCAAUCAAGCCAUCCAGGAGACGUGUAAAUGGUUCAGUGCGAAUUAUGAGCAAGCCAGGAAGUGAGACCGAUCGUUUAAUAAAUCUGCUUCGUAGAACAUAAUAAUUACAUGCUCUGUUUUGGAGCUCGGCAACUUUCAAACAGCGGCUCUUGGCUUCUAGGUUUGGUGGCAGAAGUGGGAUAAAUGAUUAACAAAAUUAGAAAUUGUGCUGGUAGAUGGGACUUUGAUUAUACACAUAAUGGAUGAGUUUAUAUUCAGAAUCAAUAAUGACGUGUCUGUCAAGGCAAGUCGAACAUUGUAACCGCAUCUACCAAUCCUGAUCAGCUGUUACCGGACACGGACGGAUCUUUCUUAUAUUUAAUACAGCGCUAUUUAUUUACAUGGUUGGAGUGUUAAUUACCUACAGGUUUAGGUGAAAAUUUAAGUGAAAACUUAAUCUUGUUUACUAGGAAUAAAACGUGUUACGGUAGCAUCUGUAAAUGUUAUCACUUUGAUUUUUGAUAUCAUUUUGCUAAUUUUCUUACACAUGAUAUUUUUUCCUCUGUUUGUAAAAAAUAUCUGGAAAUGGGUUCAAUUGUGUUAUUUUUCUAUUGUAAAAUAAAGCGAGCUAGCUACAA